AAUAUUUGCGGAGAACAAAAAGAAAACAAAACGAGAUAGGCGAUCUGUCUCUCUUUGCAAUAACAAAGAGAAAGGGAAAAACCCCAAGAAACUUGGGCAGCAAGCGGCCUUUGCUCUCUCUUCCCUUCUUCAUGGACAGGGAAGAGUCGUGAAUUUCAAUCUACGAUACGACACCACCACAUGUUAUCACUCCUUCUAAUAUCAUGUCGUUUCGUUUCUUCUCCUUUUAUUUCUGCACGAAAUAAUCUUUAUCGACUCUUCCCUGAUCCUUCUCUUCUCUCUUAAUACCAUCACCUGAUUUUUCUUUUUAGGGUUUCUCCCAGUUUAUUGUUUUCUCUCUCUCUAUCUCUCAGCUCCUUCGUUAUCAAGAAGGAUGCCAUCUUUUCCUGCAAUAGCUUUGGAUAGGUUGUUAGAACCUGGAGCUUCAAAAUUUGUCGACAAGUCAGUUCCUAGUUCGGACGACAACUAUCCAGUUCUGAAACCGAAGCCUCCUCCACCAAAAUCGAAGCCACCUUUACCCAAAUCAAACCUAGAGAGGAGGAAUAGUGCGUCGGUGGUAGAGAGGAAAGGUAAUCGUCCUCAAAUAUCGCCUUCGCUGUAUGCGACUCCCGAAUCGACCCCACUUCCUGAUUCGCCAUCUUCAUUUCCUCCUUCGCCUUAUAUAAUUAAUCAUAAGCGACGUGGGCCACGCCUUUUGAAGAGCUUUUCAGAGGAUGAUGUAGCUUCUAGGAAGAAGGAAUUGGAGAAAGAUGAGGUGAAUGGGAAUGUGGAUAAUGGAAAAAAUGAGCUUGUUGAUUCAAGUUAUGGCCAUUCAGUUACUUUUUUCAUCCCUGGUUCUGUUGAAGGUGAGCUUUUGAAUGUUGUCAAUGGGAGUCCUAGCAAAGAGGAUGUUGUAAAUGGGAGUCCUAGUAACGAGGAUGUUGUAAAUGGUGUCCAUCAUGAUACUAUCAACGCGGCGCAUGUUAAUGGAAAGAUUGAUGGGGAAAUAGCGAGUGGUACUAUGCAACAUGGGACUAGUAAUACAAGGAUGGACUUUACCUUGGAAAAGGAUGUGUUGAAGCCAACUGAGCAGAAUGGGGAACGAGAUGGAGACGUUGAUGAUUUCUUUGAUCCACAGGACUCAAUGAGUUAUACUAGUAACACCGAUGUUGAGGACACCACUGCAGCUGAGUGUUCUAUGAAGCUUACUGCAGCUAUACCAGUGGGAGAGUUUUAUGAUGCUUGGGAAGAACUAUCUUCUGAGAGUGGGCCACAUCCUUCUCCUUCUCCUCAUCUCAGUGGAGCUGAAUUGCGUGAAAUGAGAUUGAGUUUGUUGAUGGAGAUAGAGAAGCGGAAGCAAGCAGAGGAGGCUUUGACUAAUAUGCAAAACCAGUGGCAGAGAAUCAGGCAAGAAUUAGCUCUGGUAGGGUUAUCCCUCCCUGCUUUUCCUGUUGAUGUGCCAGAGAAUGACCAGCCAUCAGAUUCUAAUCCUGCAGAGGAGAUUUGCCAGCAAAUCUAUCUUGCUCGGUUUGUAUCAGAAUCUAUAGGAAGGGGCAUUGCAAAAGCUGAGGCGGAGAUAGAGUUGGAAGCUCAGGUUGAAGAAAAGAACUUUGAAAUUGCUCGAUUGUGUGAUCGACUUCAUUAUUAUGAGGCUGUGAAUCGAGAAAUGUCUCAUAGGAACCAAGAAGUCAUAGAGAGGAGCUUUUGAACAAGAGCGAAUUAAGGAAAUUGAUUGAGAUUUCCUGUUUUAAGCAUGCUCAUCUCAUAGCUUAUUAAGGUGUACUGGCUUUAAUUGGCGCCCCAUUGUAUGUAUUGCUAGAUUAUUGGUCUUGUAAUAUAUGGCUUCUUAUUUUGUAGAAAUGGCACGGCGUAAUAGGCAGGCAAGGAAAAGGAGGCGGAAGUGGAUUUGGGGCUCAAUUGCUGCUGCAAUUACACUGGGCACAACAGCCUUGGCAUGGUCGUAUCUCCCAGCAAUGAGAGGAUCUUCUUCUGCCAGUGAUUCUCAUGCGCCAGAGCAUGAUGAUACAGCUAAUUGAUGAGCAUCUGAUCAAUUAAUAGACUCUGAUGUCAUGUCACAGGAGAAUUAAAAGGUUUUAUAUGCCAUCUUGUGAAUAUCAACCUCUUGCUUUUGUCCCUAGCAAUUUUCCUGCCUGCUUAGAUUGCAGGGUUACCAUCAUAAUAAUUCAUUACUGCCUUACUGGUGAUCUGGGAGGUGAUUAAUUUUGGUUUGGGUCAUUGAUCAUCUGGAAUCAUAUUUCUAGCCUUUUUGUGCUUUCAAGGCCUUGCUGAUACCUGCACGAACACCAUCAGGUCCAUCUUAACAUUUUCAAAAGAGAGCUUUCUAUCCGGGGAGGGCCAAUAGUCUCAUUGAUUUUAGUUUGUUCUGUAUUUAAGUUGUAUCCCUUGCAAGUCUCCGCAGCUAUGAAACUAAGGUCAAGGGAAUUGAUAUGUUGAAACAUGGUGAUCCUUGCCAGAAGGGUCUCAACCUAGGAGGAAUUAUUUUGGAUGCUAAUCUAUACAUUAAUGUUACUAGCCCGGGGUGAGUUUCGAUGUUCAUUUGCAUUAUGCAUCAAUGUACGAAACUGGUUAUAGAAAGGUAUUUGUUGUUACGGCCUUACAGCUUGUUGCUAUCGAGCUAUUGACCAAACAAAACAUGGAUUCAUAGAUUGUGAAAUGAAAUUGACACAUGGUGAUCCUGUCAA